GCGGCGGGCAGGCGUGGCAGAGCCUCGUCCGCUCGACGCCGGGCCCGGCUUCGUGCUGCCGGGCCCUCCGCUGCCCGGGCUCUGCCGUGGGUAGAAAUCUCGAGGGUGGCAGCGGUCCUGCCGGUCCCAGCCGGAGCGGGAUCAUUUGCCGUUAGGGCUUGAGAAAGGGGAAAACACCCGUGUGCCCAGGGAGUAAGGGGCAUGUGCGGGAUGAGAGAGAGGCAGCAGCAACGAGGAUUUUUCAUGUGCCUUUUGGGAUGUGGAGGUUCCGGGAUGAUGGUGAUGGGGGAGUAGGAGGUUUGAUUAUUAUUUUUUUUAUUAUUAUUUUUUUAUCCUGUGGGAUUGAAUUGGUCACCUGUCUCAGAUUUGGAGACUGAAGUAAACUUGAGAAGGCUUAGAACUGCAGGAUCUGUUUACUUGUUUUCUGAGUGGCAGUAGGAAAUUCUUCUCCUGUUCUUUUCUGGCUGCUGUACUGUUACAGGUGUUUCUUCUAAACUGAGAUGUAUGGAACAGUGUUGUCAUUUAUUACUUAUGUUCUGUCUUUUACAAGUCCUGUGUGUAGUGGAUUUACAUGGUCGUUGCUGGCCUGUUUGCUAAUAAGUCUGACAUUUGUUUUCCUACUUCUUUACUUGCCUCUUUUCCUUAUUGAGCUUUUGGCUUAAGAAAUGGGUGGAUUGACAGCUGCUGCUUAGUCUGAACUCUUAAUAUUCUUUCAACUGCAAUGCAAGGGAUCUGCAAAUUUUCCAAUAGGUUAAUGCUUGCACUAUGCCUCAGGAAGGAUGAGGUAUGCAGGGCUCCAGGCAGGUACAUCUUAAAGGCGCUUGUCCUAUCCAAUGCUGUUUGACAGUUGUCUGAGUAUUUUUUAUUUUUUUAAUGGCAACUUGAAUUUCUUUUAUCCUUUAUUUGCCCUUUGCAGCAUUGUAGCAUCUCCUAUCACUUGGUGUUAAAGUUGGUGUUUGACCUUGUAUUUCCAAGAACGAAUUAUUCUUAAAAUAAGUAAUGUGUCAGAAGUCCAGUUGGCUACUCUUCAGUGUGUAGGCUUGGGAAAUUUGAUUUCAGAUAUUUUUGUUUCCCUUUUUCAAGUACUGAAUGUUGGCUUUUGAAACUGAAUUUUCAUGUUCAUUUAUAGUGUGAACUAAAUGCUUGUCUUGUUUCAAAGAGUGGCCCUUUUAUGGUUCUUGCUCAUCUCAAACUUAGGGUUGCUCUACAGGAAUGGUGUAUUGGGUGUUUUGUUGGUUUGUUUGGGUUUUUUUUAAGUUAGUAUGUAUAGCUAGACAGAUUUGAGUGUUACCAAAAUCCAAAAGAAGAAAUCUGUUAAAACAUUAAAAAGAAAACACUUGUGUGCUUGAUGCUAAAUAAAGAAGUCCUUGGAUUGCAUGUAUGCUGAUAUGACCUAAAGUUUCUGCUUUGCAGUUGAGAGAUACUUAACUUCAUUUUGAUUCCUUUAGGAGGCUCGAUCACAGCUGUUUGGGUUGGUGCUUAUCUUGUUUUGGCCCUGUUAACUUCACUAGGCCUUGAUUUUUAUUUAUUUAGAUUUUUUUUUUACUGACACUCCCACUGCUUAAAUUUUGGAAAUGGAUUUCUGGAAGAGGCUGAAAUGUGUGAAGUUUUUGCACUUGACUUUGCCCCUGUAUCAGUCCAGUAGCCACCUACACUAAAGGGCUGUGAGACUGUAGAGCACAGGUCUGGUGAAGUUCAGGUAAAUGGUGUAGGACCAGCCACUGUGGCUUUACGUACAGGAGAAUGCUGAAGGCUAUUAGGCAGCUACACAUUUGUCACAAAUCUGUCCUUGGAUCUGAAGCAUGUGUUAUUGCUGGAAAUGGUCAUCUUGAGACUCCUGGUGUUUUACUUUAAUAGUGCUGAGCUAACAUACCAGCAUGGUGCAAUGGCAAGCAGAGGAAUGAGGGGAGAAGAGGACAAAUUGUGGCUGUCAAAGCAUAACCUAGAGCAGAAGUGCUGGCUGUUACAUCUUUCCUGGCUGGUUUUUGGAACUCAUUGAGACUGGGUUGUGUGGAAACCAUGCCCUGUCGUAGUUGCUACCCUGCUUGGAGCAUUUGCUUGUCUACUGAGACAGAGCUCUGGCAGAGUACACACUCUCUUUUAACACUUCUGGAGUAGAUGAAGAUAAAAGUGACCGGUAUAUUGAGCAAUGCAAUUGUUGUCUCCCUGAAUCCAGACUGAGAUUCAUUUGACACUCUCAGGUGUUAACCUUCAAGUUCAUUUUUCAGAUAACGAAGGUGUAUGGCAGUUUGAACAACUGUGGCAUUCAUGCGUAUGAAAAUCAAGUAAUUAUGCGUGCUAGAUUCCAUUAAGCAAAGGGUGGCCUGCUAUGUCUCCUUUCCACUAAAUUAGGCCAAUAUGCAAUAGUAGCUUUUACUGACUAGAAGUGUAAUAGCUACAAAUCUCUUACUCCUGGCACUGGGAGCUCUGCUGUGGAUUGAGAGCAUUGAAAUGCCUAAAAUUUCAGAACUUGCUCCAAAGACCAGGGCUGGGAAAGUUUGAAUGAAAACUAAGAUGUGUUAUUUUUUGACAGCAAAUGGAUUGACGAUUGGAACGAGCUGUCUGAAGUUUCAGAUGCCUCUGGAUGUUCAAUGAUAGCACUUCUCCAUACUGGAGCAGCAAAGUUUCCCCAAAACUUAGUUCCAAGGGCAAGACAAGCUGUGUCCUCCCUCCUCCCGGCUGGUGUUCUCAAAGGGUGCAGCUCCAUCAUAAGCAGGAAACUGGCGUCCCACGGCUUUGGAGCUUCCAUGGCAGCAAUGUCAUCCUUCCCUCCACAGAGAUAUCACUACUUCUUAGUGCUGGAUUUUGAGGCUACAUGUGAUAAACCACAGAUUCAUCCUCAGGAAAUCAUCGAGUUCCCUAUACUGAAGCUGAAUGGCAGGACGAUGGAGAUCGAAUCCACCUUUCACAUGUAUGUUCAGCCUGUGGUGCAUCCCCAGCUUACGCCCUUCUGUACAGAGCUGACUGGGAUUAUUCAAGGCAUGGUGGAUGGGCAGCCAAGCCUCCAGCAAGUGCUUGAGAGAGUUGAUGAGUGGAUGGCAAAGGAAGGCCUCUUAGAUCCCAGCGUCAAGUCGAUUUUUGUGACCUGUGGAGACUGGGAUUUGAAAGUGAUGUUACCAGGACAAUGCCAGUACUUAGGGCUGCCGGUUGCUGAUUACUUCAAACAGUGGAUUAAUCUGAAAAAGGCGUACAGCUUUGCCAUGGGGAGUUGGCCAAAGAACGGGCUCUUAGACAUGAACAAAGGACUGAACCUACAGCACAUAGGGAGGCCUCACAGCGGGAUAGACGACUGUAAGAACAUCGCCAACAUCAUGAAGACACUGGCCCAUAGAGGCUUCAUCUUCAAGCAGACCUCCAAACCCUUUUGAUCCCCAAGGCAAGCCAGGCAAGGGCUGCAUGCGCCCGGCGCCGGCGAGGCGGGGAGGACGGGCUCCAGCAUUAAAAAAAAACGGCAACCGAGGCCAGAGGAACCGACACAAAAAAUCUCAAUUUCAGCUGUUAACUCCAGUAGAGGUUGUAUAUAUGGGAAGGCAAAUCUGUGUAGACCUGAUGUGACUCCCUCUCUGGGCUGCUCCGGACAUUAUGCCAUGCUAGCGGACAGCCGCGUAGGGCGCUUGCACCACAUUUUAGACUCGUAGUUUGUUCUUUUUCUUUGGCUCCCGAUUUCCGUCCCUCCCUCCAUAUCCCACCCCGUCCUCCCUCUCCCGCCCUGUAGCCAGAGCAUCCCCCAUCUCCUCCCCGGCAUGGGCCGUCCCCACCUUCCCUUCUUUCUGUUCUCUGGUUUUAUGUUUUCAGGCCUUGACGGCUGCUGCAGCAAGGCCGGCGCGUGCCCACGACGGGGCACCGCUCGUGGAGGCUCAGCAGUGUCGAGACGGCCCCUUGCCCUCCCCGCCAGCCCCCCCGCCUCUCCCCGAGCGCCUUUUCCCCUUUUUGAGUCAACACUAACCCCUCUCUGACUCCUGUAUGUGACAAACGCGAUCCGUCUCUUUAUGUUCAAGGUGAAGUGCCUGUAUUCUCCGCUGCAGAGCCCCUGACAGCCCCACCAUGGGCUGCGGGGCCCCGGAGGGCUCCCUUCAGUGGGGUGGGGGCUCGGCGGGCGGGCGGGCGGCAGGAGGGAGGUGACAGUGUCCAUGCGGAGCCCCGUCCCGUCCCCAUCCUGUCUGCUCGUGCCUCUUGCGGGGCUGGGUGGGAUGCCCAGCCCUGCCCUGGCCCCGACGCCCGAUUCCAGCUCCACCAGGGACAGGCCCGCCACAGCACCGCGUCCGUUGCUGGCGGUGGACGUGCCAGCGCGCGCUGGCCCCCAGCCCACAGGUACCCGAGCAGGGGAGCUGCAAAUUGCCCCGGGCCCCUGACCCUGCUCCCCUCCGAUCCCAUCCGGCCUCCCUCGGUUCCCGAGCUGAGGCUCGGCCCCCCACAUGCCCACGGUCCCCGGGGGCCGUGCCAUGCCCCUCGCAGGUCCCUGCGGACGCUCAGCAGCAGCUGGCUUGUUGCCUGAGAGAGUUGCCGAGCACAUCCCCUCCGGCUGAGUGGGCUCCCGGCCGGCCAGGGUGGUUGCGGGACAGCUGUGGGGCAGGCUGAGGGCGCACGUCCCCCCGUGUCACCCAGCCCUGAGGCCCUGCUGAAUGGAGCCCUCGUCCGGGCGCUGACCUGCAGGGAGGCUGCAGCCCCGGGCCCGUGCGUGCAUGGCCUGGAGCAGAGCCGUAGACGGCAGCCAGAAGGGCAAUACAGGCACUGAACUUGGCGGUACAUGACUGCAUGGUGUGUGGUGUUCCAGUUAAACCAACCGAUAAUGCAAACCCAGCAUUUUCAUUGUCUAGUUAUUCCAAUCCUUGCUGUAAAUGUGCCACAUGAAUAAAGUUUGGGGGUAAAGGAG